GUAUUUUUUGGGGAAAUUAAAAUAAUCACAUCAGAGAUGGAAUCGGAGAGCAGAAUGGGAGGUGAGGAGUUUAUGGGUGGCGGAGUGGGGGAUAUCUACGGCGAGGAUACAGCCACGGAGCAUCUCUCCAUCACCCCAUGGACUUUCUCCGUCGCUAGUGGAUAUAGUUUGAUGCGUGAUCCACACUACAAUAAAGGGCUUGCAUUUACUGAUCAAGAGAGAGAUGCCUAUUAUUUGCGUGGCCUUCUACCCCCAGCAGUUAUGUCCCAGGAACUUCAGGAGAAGAAGUUGAUGCAUAAUCUUCGUCAAUAUGAAAUCCCACUUCAACGAUACAUGGCCAUGAUGGAUCUUCAGGGAUUGAUUGUGAAAUCACGAAUGGAAUCCCUUCAACAAUUCAAAAGGCCGUGGGCUCAUCCACAUCAACCUGUCAAGGAACUCAUUCAUGCUAUCAAGGCCAUACAUCCAAGUGUUCUGAUAGGAACUUCAGGAGUUGGAAAAACAUUUACGCAAGAGGUAGUGGAGACCAUGGCAUCAAUAAAUGAGCGACCUGUUAUCAUGGCUCUAUCCAAUCCAACUUCGCAAGCUGAGUGUACAGCGGAAGAGGCUUAUACAUGGACCAAGGUUAGAGCAAUUUUUGCUAGCGGAAGUCCAUUCGAUCCGGUUGAAUAUGAGGGGAAGAUUUUAAUGCCCGGACAGGCUAACAAUGCAUACAUAUUCCCUGGAUUGGGGCUGGGUGUGAUUAUGUCAGGCACCAUUAGGGUUCAUGAUGACAUGCUCUUAGCAGCCUCGGAAGCGUUGGCGGAAGAUGCGAGAGAAGAAAGGUACGCGGAGCAGGGAGUAAUCAUUCACACAAAUACGAAAGAUAUCAGCUCACAUCGCCGCCGCCGUAGCAGCAAAGGCUUAUGAACUUGGUGUUGCUACACGUCUUCCCCGACCAAGGGAUCUCGUUAAGUACGCCGAGAGUUGCAUGUACAGCCCCGUCUAUCGCAACUAUCGCUAGCUAGCUACCUACCUUCAUUGGAAUCAUCCAAUUCCUUCAAUUCUUGAUACAGUUUAAUAAAUGGCCAGCUCAGCUAAAAGAUAGGACCGGCCAUUAAUGAAUGUAGUAUAAACAGGUGUACGUCAAAAGUUACUCACAAGCUAAGUAGUUGAGAUUAGCUAACUACUUCUUGUUUUACAUUGACCGAGCGGGUUUAUAUACAAAUGUAUAGUAAUGAGGAUGACAUCAAUGAAUAAUCU